UCAACUCGGUAUAAAUACUGCUGCCGCGCCGCGGUACGGCAUACAAGUGCGAAGGUGAAUCAGAUUGCAACAUGAGGGCGGCAGUCGUGCUUCUGGUGCUGAUCGUGAUGUGCGUCCUGGUCGAGGACUCCGAAGAAUUUUGGUUCAAACGAUGCCGUCGUCCGUGGCGUCGUUGGAGACACCACCGUAGAAGGACUACCACGACUACGACCACGACCACGACGACGACGACGACGCCGGCGACAACGGCAGCGACGGCAGCCCCGACGGCAGCCCCGCAGCCGCCACCGCCAGCGCCGGGAAAUAGAAAAAGACGUGAGAUUAUGGACACUCCGCUUAUACCGGUGAUAUCAUAAGCGUGCGAGGAAAUUGCAACGUCCGACCGGAGGAAAGUGAUGCCUGGACCCCGCGAAACUUUGUCAGAGCGUUGGCAGUUGUAGUACAGUACAGUAGAAUAAAACCGGAGUAGCCUCCUCUGAGACAGUAAAUCGCAAUAAAGACGUAUCAAACGCAUGCAUGCAUA